AUGGCACUUGUUUACUUCGUGACUCGGACGACUCGCAUUGCCUCUCCCGGCGGCCGUUUUUUAAAGAAUUCUCGACACACUGCGAGUAUCGUCCAACGAAGCCUAUGUCAAAGGACAGCGCUGACGGCCAUACACAGUGGAACAGGAUCAGUAAGCCAGAUAUUGUCGAGAAAUAACUCCAGCGACAUGAGUUACAAUCAUUCCUCCGGGGGCUUCCAGAAAGUCAAGCAUGAAAAACUCUCGCAGUCUCAGAAGGAAAGGAGGAAGAGUUAUAGCUGCGGGGAUAGAUUCGUCGAGCUGAAGAAGAUCCCAUCCUGGCCUGCCUUCUUUAAGGAGAACUCCUACAGCGUUUCUACAGCUGCACUUCCACAAAACCUAGUGGAGAAGUUCAAGGAUGAAUCCCGGUACCAAGUGGAUCCUGAGAUCAACGAGAAGGUGUCGGUCUUCUAUGGCGAUAUUACGAAACUAGAAAUCGAUGCCAUCGUCAAUGCGGCCAACAACAGCCUGCUCGGAGGUGGAGGAGUCGAUGGUGCCAUCCACAGGGCAGCAGGGCCAUCCCUGUUGAAUGAGUGCCAGACUCUCAAUGGGUGUGAUACGGGUGAUGCCAAGAUAACCGGGGGAUAUAACCUUCCUGCGCGUUAUGUCAUCCACACUGUUGGGCCUAUUGGGGAAAGGCCGUCCAUGCUAGAACAGUGCUAUCGGAGGUCCAUGCAGGUUGCGCUGGAGAAUAAUGUCAAAACCAUCGCCUUUCCUUGCAUUUCUACUGGGGUGUAUGGUUACCCUAAUGAAAAGGCUGUGCAGUUGGUCUUGCCAGUUGUGAGAACCAUGCUGGAGGCCAACAAGGAUAAGUUUGAACGUGUCAUUUUCUGUCUUUUCUUAGAUAUUGACAAGAAACUGUAUAAUCGUUACUUGCCAAUAAUAUACCCUUUAAACUAAGAUCCUUGAAAUACUUUAAGAAAUUGCAUAGUUUGUUAAUUCUUCCACAUAUGUUAUGUGUGAUGGCUUUUUUUUUUUUUUUUUGGUUAUUUGAAAUAUACAUUAAUUUCAAAAUGAGCGUGGAAGAAAAAAAAAAUCAUUUUAGAAAUGCAUAUUUGAGUAAUGACUUAAUCUUACUGCAUAAACUGAUGUAGACUUCAAUAAGUUUGAGUUUUUGUUUAAAUUCCCAAAUAAUUUUCAACCACAUGAAUUGUUAUA